CUGCACACAAAUUUGGCAUUUUACAUGACGGCCUCUGCAAAUUGGCUGGCAACAUUUAGAUUAAUAUCAAGUAGCGGAAAUCUGCAACAUGUACCCUCUGAAGUAUGAAUGCGAACCUGAUAAUUGCUGUAAUUCCGCUAAAAGGCAAUGCAGCGCACCAAUGAUAAUUGAAUAGAGGCAUUAAUUGCGCUGUGGUUUGUUUGCCAUUCAAGCCACACACAAACACACAGACACUAAGCCACACACAGACACACACACAAGAGCACACAAACACCCAAUACGCAUAACGACGCCCAGAAGGGUUGGACAUCAACAGGAAGGAUAAUCAAGUGCAGUUGCCAUGCAACCAAAGUCGAAGCAGUUGUUGCUGAUGUUGCUGCUGGUGCUGAUGCAUCUGACCAGCCACAUAGUGCACAUCUCUGGCUAUCUAAUUAUUGUGCAUGAACAAACACCGCCGGGUGCCGUCAUCUUUAAUGCGUCCGUUUAUAAGCUUGGCUCGGAGCGCCAUUAUAAAAUCAAUGCGCACAAGUCGGCCAACUUUGUGCAUCAUCUAGUCGCCGUCAGUCACAAGGAUGGCCAAAUACAGCUAAGAAAAUCGCUUAAAUGCGAUGGCAUCUACUAUCCCAAUCUGUUCACCUUCUAUGUGGACUCCACAUCGAAUCGCCUCCGUUCAAUUGACUACUAUAGUCUGCCGGUGCGUAUUUUCAUCUCGGGCCACAGCUGCAAUGAGGAUCGACGCAUUGAGCAGGAGCUGCAUCAUCUGCAUCACUUCGAGGAGGAGGACAACACGGGCUACUCGAAACGACGUCGUCGCCGUCGUCGCAAUGCACAGCAGCAGCUGCUGCUCGAUGAGCUCGAUGGCAACCAGCUGGAGCUAGCCUACAGUCAGAACAGCACAGACUUUCGCGACGGCGACUUGAUCUUUGGCAAUAGCUUCGACAACGAGAUGCGACAUCGUAUACUCAGUCGAAAGCGUCGUGGCAUCGCCACAGAUCCGCUCCAGCUGCUGCCGGCGCUGCACAGACGGAUCACCGAUGCCAAGCAGUGGAUAUCGGAGACAUAUGCAUCGUAUGCGAUACAUACGACAGACAAAUGGAAUCAGAUCUGUUUGCGCAGAUCGCAGUUCAUCAACAAUCUGAACGCGUUUCUACCCAAAUCCGUUUGCCAGCACUGCAAGGUGAACUUCCUCGAUGUGAAUGACGAACGCUUUGCGAUCGAGCAUCAGAAUCGGGACUUGGUUGCCAGCCGGGAUGUCUGCAUACACGAGUCCAUGUGGAAGGUCAGCAUCACGUUCAACAUACGCUGCGAUCGCAAUGACAUUGUCGACUCCGACCAUCGCCUGAAGAUCGUCUACCAUCACCAGGAGUUCAACGACACCGAUAUCGCGAAACGGGUCCGUCGCGAACUGCGCAAUCAGUCGCCCUACUUCGAGCAGGCCCUCUACGUCGCCUCCGUGCUGGAGGAGCAGCCAGCGGGCGCUGCUGUCACCACGGUGCGUGCCCGUGAUCCCGAGGAUUCGCCUGUCGUUUACUCCAUGGUGUCACUGCUCGACUCUCGGUCGCAGUCGCUGUUUAAGGUGGAUUCUCGGACGGGCGUCGUCACAACUUCGGCUAGCCUCGAUCGGGAGCUAAUGGAUGUGCAUUACUUUCGUGUCGUUGCCACCGAUGAUAGUUUUCCGCCGCGCAGUGGCACAACCACGUUGCAGGUGAACGUGCUCGAUUGCAACGAUCACAGUCCCACCUUCGAGGCCGAGCAGUUCGAGGCGAGCAUACGCGAAGGCGCCACAGUUGGUUCCACGGUGAUCACGUUGCGUGCCACCGAUCAAGACAUUGGCAAGAAUGCAGAGAUUGAGUAUGGCAUUGAAGCUAUUACAGAUGGCGCUGGUGUCGUUCAGGAUCAGGAGAUGCCCAUCUUUCGCAUUGACUCACGUUCGGGUGUGAUCUCGACGCGCAGCAGCCUUGAUCGGGAGACCUCGGAUAGCUAUCAUAUGCUGGUCACCGCCUCGGAUAUGGCGGCAGCGCAGAGCGAACGCAAAACGGCGACGGCAAGUGUUGUGGUCAAGAUACUGGAUGACAACGACAACUAUCCGCAAUUCAGCGAACGUACCUACACUGUUCAGGUGCCCGAGGAUCAGUGGGGCGAUGACAACAAUGUGGCACACAUUCGAGCCACCGACGCCGAUCAGGGCAACAAUGCGGCGAUCCGUUAUGCCAUCAUUGGUGGCAACACCCAGUCACAGUUCUCCAUCGAUUCAAUGAGCGGCGAUGUGAGUCUGGUCAAGCCACUCGACUAUGAGAGUGUGCGCAGCUAUCGCCUGGUUAUACGUGCUCAGGACGGAGGUAGUCCCUCGAGAAGCAACACCACCCAGCUGCUGGUCAAUGUGAUUGAUGCCAACGAUAAUGCACCACGUUUCUACACCUCUCAGUUCCAGGAGAGCGUGCUGGAGAAUGUGCCCGUGGGCUAUAACAUUAUCCGGGUGCAGGCGUACGAUUCGGACGAGGGCGCCAAUGCGGAGAUUAGCUAUAGCAUAUCCGAGAGGGAUGAUAACUUUCCGCUUGCUGUCGAUCCGCGCACUGGCUGGGUGCAGACCAUCAAGCCAUUGGAUCGCGAGGAACAGAAUCGUUUCGCUUUCCAGGUGGUGGCCAAGGAUGGUGGGGUGCCGCCCAAGUCGGCCAGCUCGUCGGUGGUCAUCACAGUGCAGGAUGUCAACGACAACGAUCCGACCUUCAAUCCCAAAUACUAUGAGGCCAAUGUGGGCGAGGAUCAGCCACCGGGUACGCCGGUGACCACUGUCACCGCCACCGAUCCGGAUGAGGAUUCACGCCUGCACUACGAGAUCAGUACGGGAAAUACACGUGGACGCUUUGCCAUCACUUCGCAGAAUGGUCGUGGUCUGAUAACCAUUGCCCAGCCGCUAGACUACAAACAGGAGAAGCGUUUCUUACUCACCGUCACAGCUACGGAUUCGGGUGGACGUUCCGAUACAUCGACUGUCCACAUCAAUAUCACCGAUGCAAACAAUUAUGCGCCCAUCUUUGAGAAUGCUCCGUAUAGCGCCUCAGUGUUUGAGGAUGCUCCCAUUGGCACCACGGUGCUAGUUGUCUCGGCCACUGAUAGCGAUGUGGGCAUCAAUGCCCAAAUAACCUACUCCCUCAACGAGGAGAGCAUCAACGGACUAAGCAGUCCCGAUCCGUUCACCAUUAAUCAACAGACGGGUGCCAUUAUAACGAGUGCACCUCUGGAUAGGGAGACGACCAGUGGUUAUUUGCUCACCGUCACCGCCAAGGAUGGCGGCAAUCCCUCGCUGAGCGACACCACCGAUGUAGAGAUCAGUGUGACGGAUGUGAAUGACAAUGCGCCUGCCUUCAAGAAUCCACUCUAUCAAUCAUCGAUACUGGAGGAUGCGCUGGUGGGCACCUCGGUAAUACAGGUGUCUGCCACAGAUCCGGACAUCGGUUUGAAUGGACGCAUCAAGUAUUUGCUCAGCGAUCGUGAUCAGGAGGAUGGUUCGUUUGUCAUCGAUCCCACAUCGGGCACCAUACGCACCAACAAGGGACUCGAUCGGGAGAGUGUCGCUAUCUAUCAUCUGACAGCCAUUGCUGUGGACAAGGGUUCACCCCCACUGUCCAGCACUGUUGAGGUGCAGAUUCGUCUGGAGGAUGUCAACGAUUCGCCGCCCACCUUUGCCUCGGACAAGAUAACGCUCUAUGUGCCAGAGAAUUCGCCAGUGGGUUCUGUGGUAGGUGAGAUACACGCUCACGAUCCCGAUGAGGGUGUCAAUGCGGUGGUCCAUUAUUCGAUUAUUGGUGGCGAUGAUUCCAACUCCUUCUCGCUGGUCACACGGCCCGGCUCGGAGCGAGCUCAACUGUUGACCAUGACCGAACUGGACUACGAGUCGUCGCGCAAACGUUUUGAGCUGGUGGUGCGUGCUGCAAGUCCUCCUCUGCGAAAUGAUGCGCAUAUCGAGAUCCUGGUCACGGAUGUGAAUGAUAAUGCGCCCGAGCUGCGUGACUUCCAGGUGAUAUUCAACAAUUUCAGGGAUCACUUUCCCAGCGGUGAGAUCGGCCGCAUUCCCGCCUUCGAUGCGGACGUUAGCGAUAAGCUCAACUAUCGCAUUCUGUCCGGCAACAAUGCGAAUCUGUUGCGCCUGAACAGCAGCUCGGGUGGACUGAUCCUAAGUCCCCAGCUGAAUACAAAUGUGCCCAAAUUUGCCACAAUGGAGGUAUCCGUCUCGGAUGGGAUCAAUGAGGCCAAGGCCAUAAUGCAGUUGUCCGUACGACUCAUCACCGAGGACAUGUUGUUCAAUUCGGUGACGGUGCGCUUAAAUGAGAUGACAGAGGAGGCAUUCUUAUCGCCGCUGCUCAACUUUUUCCUCGAUGGACUGGCUGCCAUAAUACCCUGUCCCAAGGAGAGCAUCUUCAUCUUUAGCAUACAGGACGACACGGAUGUCACCUCACGCAUACUCAACGUUAGCUUCUCGGCCAAACGGCCGGAUGUGUCACACGAGGAGUUCUACACGCCACAGUAUCUGCAGGAGCGCGUCUAUCUCAAUCGGGCGAUUCUUGCCCGACUGGCCACCGUCGAGGUGCUGCCCUUCGAUGAUAAUCUGUGCGUGCGCGAGCCGUGUCUCAAUUUCGAGGAGUGCCUCACCGUGCUGAAGUUCGGCAAUGCCUCGGAGUUUAUACACAGCGACAUGGUGCUCUUCCGUCCCAUCUAUCCGGUGAACACGUUCGCCUGCUCUUGUCCCGAGGGCUUUACGGGCAGCAAGGAGCACUAUCUGUGCGACACUGAGGUCGAUCUCUGCUACUCGAACCCGUGCCAGAAUAGCGGCAAAUGUGUGCGACGCGAGGGUGGCUAUACCUGCGUCUGCCCCGACUCCCACACGGGCGCCAACUGCGAGACGAACAUCAGCAAGCUGCGUCCCUGCAGCUCGGACGCCUGUGACGGAGGCUUGUCCUGUAUGAACAACUACCUCAGUUCCCGACCGCCGCCCUACACGAGCACCUGUGAGUUGCGCUCGCGUUCGUUCUCCCGCAACUCCUUCCUCACGUUCGAGAGCCUCAAGCAGCGACAUCGCUUCAAUCUCAAGCUGCGUUUUGCCACCGUUCAGGACAACGGACUAUUGCUCUACAAUGGCCGCUAUAAUGAGCUGCAUGAUUUCAUUGCACUGGAACUGCUCGAUGGACACAUUAGUUUCUCCUACUCGCUGGGCGAUCGCAGCGAACGCGUCUCCCUCGUACAGCCCACAAAGGUUGCCGACGGCAAGUGGCACGAAGUGGAGAUUAUCUACUUUAAUCGCACGGUCACACUCGUCCUGGACAAGUGCGACACGGCGAUUGCCUUGUCCGGGCAGCUGAGCGCUCCGUGGAACUGUGCGAAUCAGACAACGCUGCGGCUGGACAAGCGCUGUGCCCUGCUCACCGAGACCUGUCAUCGAUUCCUGGAUCUGACGGGGCCGUUGCAGUUGGGCGGCUUACCCCGCAUACCCGCCCACUUUCCCGUCGCGAAUCGAGACUUUGUCGGCUGCAUUUCGGAUUUGCGCAUCGAUGACCGCUAUGUGGACUUAAAUUCUUAUGUGGCAGACAAUGGCACCAUUUCCGGCUGUCCGCAGAAGUCGCCGCUGUGCGCAUCGGUGCCGUGCUUCAACGGUGGCACCUGUCGCGAGGGCUGGAACACCUACACCUGCGACUGCCCCGAGGGCUAUGCGGGCAACAAUUGUCAGGACAAUAUACCCGCUCCAUGGCGCUUCUCCGGCGACGGUAGUCUGAGCUUCAAUCCACUGCUGCGUCCCAUUCAGCUGCCCUGGGUGACAUCCUUCUCGCUGCGCACGCGCCAAGAGGAUGCGUUCCUCAUGCAAAUCCAGAUUGGACAGAAUAGCUCGUCGGUCAUAAGCCUAAAGCACGGCGUGCUCUACUAUGUCUACGACAAUGAGCCGAUGUAUUUGGCGGGUGCCUAUCUCUCGGACGGCGACUGGCAUCGUGUGGAGAUCAAGUGGCAGCAGGGCUCGGAGAUUCAAUUCUCCGUGGACUAUGGCCAACGCACCGGCGCCGUGCCCAUGUCCCAGAAGGUGCAGGGUCUCUACGUGGGCAAAAUUGUGAUGGGAAGCGUUGAUGGCACCAUUGGACACGUUCAGGAUGCGGUGCCGUUCGAGGGUUGUAUGCAGGAGGUGCGCAUCGGAGCCAGCCAAGCAGUGCUUUCGCGUCCCACAAUACGCGAGAAUGUCGAAGAUGGCUGCGAGUCACGGGCCCAGUGUCCCAGCACCUGUCCUACCCACGCCACCUGCUCGAGCAGCUGGGAUCACGCCACCUGCGAAUGCUCCGUCGGCUACGUUGGCGCCGACUGUGCCCCGAUCUGCACCGUGCAACCCUGUGCCGCUGGCAUCUGUCGCGCCAACGUGAGUUUGUCGCGUGGCUACAGCUGCGAGUGCAACAGCAGCUAUCAGCAUGGCGAUUAUUGCGAGCGCACCCUGCAACAGCCCUGUCCCGGGGGGUGGUGGGGCGAGCGGGUGUGCGGCCCCUGUAAGUGCAACAUCAAGCAGGGCUAUCAUCCGGACUGCAACAAGACGACGGGCCAGUGCUACUGCAAGACCAAUCACUACCAGCCGCCUAAUGAGACGGCUUGUUUGCCCUGCGAUUGCUACUCGAUUGGCAGCUUCAACAGUGCCUGCAACCGUUUGACGGGUCAGUGCGAGUGUCGGGAGGGUGUCAUCGGUCGACGAUGCGACUCCUGCUCCAAUCCGUAUGCGGAGGUCACACUAAAUGGCUGUGAGGUUGUCUACGAUGCGUGUCCACGUUCCUUUGCCGCUGGCAUCUGGUGGCCACGCACCCCGCUGGGCAGCAUCAGUGUCGAGAACUGUCCGGUGCCGGCGCGUGGCAAAGGUCAGCGCAGCUGCGACAGCCAGUCGGGCAGCUGGACUGUUCCGGACAUGUACAACUGCACCUCGGAGCCGUUUGUCGAGCUGCGACGCCAGCUGUCACAGCUGGAGAAAUUUGAGCUGGAGCUGAACUCGUUUGUGGCCAUCAAAAUGGCCGAGCAACUGCAGCACGCCUGCGAAGCUGUCGAUCGCAGUGCUGUGAGUAAACCACCGGCACCCAAACACAAUCGUCGCUAUAAAAUGGAAUCCUCAUUUCUGCUGAACGCAGGUGGGGCUGUGUGGUCGCAUGAGCUGGACAUGGACUAUCUGUCGGAUGAGCUGAAGUUCUCGCACGAUCGCCUCUAUGGCGCCGAUCUCUUAGUAACGGAGGGCAUACUCCAGGAGCUGAUCAACUAUGAGCUCAUGCAGAGCGGCCUCAAUUUGACGCAUAGCCAGGACAAGUACUUCAUCAAGAAUUUGGUGGAUGCCGCCAGUGUGAUACUCGAUCGCAAAUACGAUGCCGAAUGGAAGCGUGCCACGGAACUAAUCCAACGCGGACCGGACGACCUUGUCGAUGCGUUCAACAAGUACAUGGUUGUUCUGGCUCGAUCGCAGCACGACACCUACACGAAUCCCUUCGAGAUUGUGCAGCGCAAUAUGGUGCUGGGCCUGGAUAUAGUCACCACGGAGUCGCUGUUCGGCUACGAGCCAGAGCAGCUCAGCGAGUACCACAAGAGCAAGUAUCUCAAGCCAAAUGCAUUCACCACAGAGAGUGUGGUGCUGCCGGACACCAGUGGUUUCCUCCAGCAUUCGGCGAAGCAGAAGCCGGUGAUCAGUUUUCCCAAGUACAACAAUUACAUACUGGACCGACACAAGUUCGACAAGCACUCCAAGGUGCUGGUGCCGCUUGAGAUGCUGGGCAUAACGCCGCCGGAGAGCGAUGAGGUGACGCAGGGUAGCCGUGGCAACGACUACCGAGCAAUUGUGGCCUAUGCCCAGUACAAGGAUGUCGGUCAGCUGCUGCCCGAUCUCUAUGAUGAGACGGUCACCCGUCGCUGGGGCGUUGAUGUUGAGCUAGCCACGCCCAUACUCUCACUGCAGAUACUGGUGCCGUCCUCGGAGCGAGAGCAGCAGCGCAUUGAGAUACCCUCACGUAAAAUAUCCUCAGCAACUGGCUCCUCCACGUCGAUGUCCUCAUCGGCUGAACGCAGCGGCACGGAACAGCAGUUUGUCGAGGUCUUCGAUGUGCCCAAGGCACCGACGAGCAGCAGCGAACAGCAGAUCGAAGAUAUACGCAUCACUGCCCACGAGAUAAUGCCACCAGCAUCUGUCGAGCAGCCGGAGGCUGUGAGUAAUGAGGCUGUCGAGGUGGACAAUCCACAUAUACGUCUCAAUCUCGACGAUAUUGAGUUCCACGGCAACUCUGGCGAGGAGAUGAGCAUCGACUCGCCCGAGCAACUCAAUCCCAACUACGAGGGUAGCCCGGAUAGCGGUGAGCAGCCAAAGGGUGAGAAUGAGGCCAUCUAUCGGGAUCGGCGAGUGGUCAAACGUCAGGUGGAGGUCAUCUAUCCCUCGGAACAGCUGCAGAAGCCACAGCACAUGGUCUAUCGGUCGCUGGGCUCGCCGCAUCUCUCGCAGCCCAUCAAGCUGCAGAUGUGGCUGGACAUGGAACCGGCACGCUUUGGACCACGCUCCAAUCCGCAGUGUGUGCGCUGGAACUCGUUCACCAACCAGUGGACACGGCUGGGCUGCCAGACCGAAAUACCCGAUUUCGAUGGCGACUUUGCACAGGUAUCGCAUCUACCCAUCCUGAUCAACUGCAGCUGCACCCACAUCUCCAACUAUGCCGUUAUCGUGGACAUUAUCGAUCCGGAGGAUAUACCCGAGCCAUCGCUACUCGUCCAAAUUACCUCCUACUCGGCAUUCAUGGUCUCGCUGCCCCUGCUGCUGGGCGUGCUGCUGGCAUUGGCCCUGCUCCGCGGUCAGCAGACCAACUCGAAUACCAUACACCAGAACAUUGUGUUGUGCGUCUUCUGUGCCGAGCUUCUCUUCUUUGUGGGCAUGCAGUCGCGCAGGCAUCUGCUGGAGAACGAGUUUCCCUGCAAGCUGAUUGCCAUCUGUCUGCAUUACUUUUGGCUGGCAGCAUUCGGCUGGACAACGGUGGACUGUGUGCAUCUGUAUCGCAUGCUAACCGAGAUGCGCGACAUCAAUCAUGGCCCGAUGGGCUUCUACUUUGCCAUGGGCUACGGUGCACCCGCUGUCGUUGUUGGCCUCUCCGUCGGUGUCCGAGCGCACGAGUACGGCAAUAGCUUGUUCUGCUGGUUAUCAGUUUACGAGCCCGUCGUUUGGUGGCUGGUGGGUCCCAUCGCUGGCAUGUCUGUGGUGAAUCUGCUGAUCCUGUUCGUUUCGGUGAAAGCGGCCUUUACGCUCAAGGAUCAUGUACUGGGCUUUGGCAAUCUGCGCACGCUGCUCUGGCUCUCCGUCGUCUCGCUGCCCCUCAUGGGCGUCAUGUGGGUGCUGGCUGUGCUCGCCGCCUCGGAGCACUCUCAGCUACUGAGUCUGUUGCUCUCCGGCGUGGUGGUGUUGCACGCACUCUUCUGCCUCAUCGGCUACUGCAUCAUCAAUAAGCGGGUGCGGGAGAAUCUUCAGCGCACUUGUCUCCGUUGCAUGGGACGCAAGGUGCCGCUUCUCGACUCCUCGAUGGUGGUCAGCAACAGUUCGCACAAUGUGAAUGGUGCCGCCCGGCCCAAUAAUUUCUUGGCCGGCAACUAUGAUACGGCUCGACGCAAUAUCGGCAUCAGUGCAUCGAGCACCACUUCGCGCAGCACCGCCAAGACCAGCUCCAGUCCGUACAGUGAUGGACAGCUGCGACAGACAUCGACAUCGACGUCCAACUACAAUUCGGCCAGCGAUGCGCCCAGUUUUCUGCGUGGCUUUGAAUCCUCAACGGCGGGACGCAAUCGCGCCGAGGAGAAGACUCGGCGGCAGCGCAAGGACUCCGAUUCGGGCUCGGAAACCGAUGGACGCUCACUGGAGCUGGCCUCCAGUCACUCGAGUGACGAUGAUGAAUCGCGGACAGCCCGCUCCUCCGGCACACAUCGCAGCACGGCGGUGAGCGCGACUCCCGCCUAUUUGCCCAACAUAACGGAGCAUGUGCAGGCCACCACACCACCGGAGCUGAAUGUGGUGCAGAGUCCGCAGCUAUUCCCGAGUGUCAAUAAGCCGGUCUAUGCGCCACGCUGGUCCAGUCAGCUGCCAGAUGCAUAUCUGCAGUCGCCGCCAAACAUUGGUCGCUGGUCGCAGGACACCGGCUCGGAUAAUGAGCAUGUGCAUGGCCAGAAGAUGACUAUAUCACCGAAUCCACUGCCGCUGCCCAAUCCCGAUCUCACCGACACCAGCUACAUGCAGCAGCACCACAACAAGAUCAACAUGACGCCCUCCAUUCUGGAGAACAUUCGUGAUGCACGCGAUGGCUACGAGGACAGCUUGUACGGCAGACGCACCGAUUAUCCCGAUAAGUAUGGCUCGUAUAAGCCACCCAGUCACUAUGGCAGCGAGAAGGACUAUGGCGGCGGCGAUGGCGGAGCUAGUGGCUCUCAGACCAUUGGACAUCUGCGCAGCUUCCAUCCGGAUGCUGCUUACCUGAGCGACAACAUCUACGAUAAGCAGCGGACGCUGGGCAGUGGCUACUUGGGCGCCAAAUCGGAGUCGCCCUACUUGUCCAAGGAUCGCAUUACGCCCGACAUUUACGGCUCACGCGACGGUCACUACAGCCUGAAACGGCAGCCUGCCUAUGCCACGGACUCCCUGCACUCGGUGCACUCUUUGCUCAAGACAGACUACCAGCAGCAGCAACAGCAGCAGCAGCUGGCUCAGGCGCAGCAACAGCAGCAGCAGGCUCAUCAUGCCCAGCACUCGGAUCGAUUGUCGGAGGGUUCGGACAAGAAUGGCUAUCACUUUCCGUACACCGCUGAGGAGGAUCAUCUGCAGCAGCAGGCGCGCAAGCUGAGCGGUGCCGGACACGUGCAGCCAGCGUCGCUGCAUGGAUCACAGCAGCUGCAUCUGAUGCAUCCGCAUGCGGCGCUCGUCAACGACAUCAACAAUCCCGGCCUUCUCGCCAGACACACCAUUGCCGGCGGCGUCGGUGGUGGUGGAGUUGGAGUGGGCGUUGGCGGCGGCAGCUCCCGUCACAGUUCACGCGCCUCCUCUCCGCCCUCCAACAUGGUGGCACCCAUGCAGCCAUUUGGUCCGCUCGCCAGCAUUACGGACACUGACUCCGAGUUCGACAUUGUUUGGCUGCAUCGCAGGCAACAGAGGCAACAUUAUCCUUGGUCGCUAACAAUAUGGCGGAAUAUUGAUGAUGAUGAGACCACAGUGUGACGACUGACGACAACUGCAAAGAGGCAACAGCAGCGCCAACAGCAACUGCAACUGCAUCUGCAACAGAGGCAACAAGCAACAAAUCAAUUUGCAACUAUCAGACGCAAGCCACAAUUCAAAAGACAAACACAUAUUUGAAGAAACAUUUUCUCGGCUUGAUAUGGAAAUUGAUAAUUUAAAUAAUAAAUUGCUGGCAACACAUACACUCCAAAAUACACACACACACACACACACACACACACACACAUCAAUACAUCACUUUGAGUAUAUUGUGUGUCCAUUUAGGAAUCAUGUACAUACCUUAAGAGAAACUUCGACCGUAAUACGCAGCAGUAUACACCUACAUACAUAAGUAUUUACAUAUACACACAUAUACA